AUGAUAGACCAUGGCUUCUAUCACGAUUUGGCCCAGUUGGAGACUGACGAUUUGGAAUUAUUCCAGCAGAUUAGCUGUUUUAUGAAAUUAUUGGUUGAGUAUACCCUACAGCUCAAUGACAUUGACAAUGACCACGACCAUGACCAUGACAAUGGUGGUGCUGCUGCUAACACGGGGAGGGUGCAGCAAAUGGUUGCCAUUAGUGAGAUACUAGGCUAUCAUUUAUUCACGUUGCAGAAAUCUCAACAACUUGUAGGCUAUAAAAUGCCCUAUAUUCAACGCUUGGUCAACGAUUGUUUGAAAAUCUGUCAGCUUCAUCCAUCGAUUGUCUUUCAAACAUGGUUGGAGCCCAUUGAUCAAUUAAACACGCCAUAUCUUUGCUCACCGUACUCGGCAUUUGUGAAAUCGGUUGCGUAUCAUGACAAAUUGCCGCUUUACAAUCUAAUCAAGAGUUUGUUGAUCUCCCCUGAUGGAACCGUCGUGUCAUCGGCUGCAAAUUGGAUUGCGUUACUUCAAAUGAGCCAAAGCUCCUCCUAUUUGGAACAGUUUCUUAUGAACAAAGUCGAUCUUGUGGAAUUUUUCAUUGAUUCAUAUUAUGAGAGCUUAUUUAAAUUGAAUUUUUUGAAAUCAUUGAAACCUCAACACCAGGUUAAUAUAUUGAAGCAAUUUAUAUUACCAGUGAUGGAAAAUUGUAGUGGUUCAAUAAGGGAGAUUUAUUUCGAUGAAAUAUUCAUGCAAAAGUUUGAAUACGUCAUGAUAAACUAUAAAGCAAAUGCCGACAAAUUGAUCAAUUCCAUCCUUGAUGCAUUUGAAUCCACCACUUGCCCUACCAUUUUGAACAUUUUCAUCACCAAUGAGACCAUGGUCAAAUACAUGAUUUGUAAAUUUGAUCAACCUUUGCAUUUGAAUAAUUUGCUUAUUCAUCUAACUCGUACAAUGCAAAGACACAGCCUGACAAUGCUUGAACUUUUCGGCACAGAGGAAGGUGAUGGUAAUAAUAGUAAUAACAAGAAUAAUAAUGAUGCUGAUGAUGACGAUGAUGCCAGGAUAGAUGUAUCUUGUUCGAUGACGAAAUUGUCCAUCCAAGUGAUGCAAUUGCAUCACGAACAAACUCAAGAACUAGUUGACACUUUCGAACAAUUGAUCAAUACAACCGGCCAUGCUAACAUCAAGUCAAGUCAACUUGACGCAAAUCUACCGCUCUCCAAUUCAUAUCUAAGAUGCUUGCUCCAGUUUUUCCACCAUGCGCCCGAAUUGAAUGCUUCAUUGGUCAAAUUCUCCACGCAAUUGGCCAUCAAUUUCAAUGUCCUUGCUAAUGCACUAUUUAUCAAGAUCAUAGACCAUUUAAACAUUUGCUCAGAGAUAUACCUGAUCCAAUUGCAAAAAUACGACAACUUGAGAUUCGACUCUAUCGAGUUGACAAAGCUCGUCAAUUUGGAAGUGAUUACACCUGGCAGUGAGCUAUUGACCAAAUACGACAUUUCACCAGUUAAUAAACUCGAUUAUUUAACAUUGGCCGAGAAUCUAAGUCUAUUCAAAUCGUUGAUGACUGAUUUAUACAUCUGCUGCAAAAUGAGAAUCAUUUCCAGUUACUGCCUGAGCUAG